AGCCUGGGUUGCUUCGCCAGCGACUUCUCUUCUCUCUGCAACUUAUCGGUUUUCGGAACUCCUCACCUUUCCCCUGGAAAUGACAGCGACUCCGAUGGCCCUCAGACUCUUCUGAAGCUGCGCCUCCUAAAUGCGUGGGGGUCUUAUGGCCUCAAGAAUCCUACAUUAAUCUUCAACUACUGCACUCUUUGGAAUGAUGAGGAGGGUACUUUGAUUCAGGGCACGGCUCCUUCGGAACUCACGCGCCAUUUCUCUCCGCUUCUGCAGUUGGGUAGCGUUUACUUCGUGAGCAAUUUUCGCGUCAAGCCACCGGCCCCUUCGUAUCGUUCUUGCUCUCAUAAGUUGACCAUCAUCCUCUCUGCCGCUACACAGUUCGAAGACGUGACCCGUUCGUCACCUUCAUUCUGGCCGGAUGCGUUCGAAUUUACCCCGUUCAGCUCGCUUCAUUCCCGCAUACGUUCAUCGGUUUAUCUAACAGAUGUCGUUGGCGCUGUUGUUAGCAUAACAGGCGUUUCUAGCACUGUAACUUCAUUCGGUACCACUGUGCGGAGUGAUUUGGUGCUUCAGAAUGAAAAUCACAUGUUUCUUGAUAUCAGUCUGUGGAGUGAUAUAGCUCGGAAUCUCAAUGGUCAGGAACUGGCUGUCCUUGGUCGUUCUGGGCCAGUUAUGCUUGCUGUUUGCUCACUUCGAGUCACUGGCGCUACGAAAGGAGGUUACUCUCUUACCAGUACUCCAGGCACACGUUGUGUUCUCAACCCUGUUUCUGAAAUGGCUCACCUGGUCCAAUCUGUGUUCUUUGCCAGCACUAAUACAUGUCAAUAUUACCCUCCGAGGUUUGCAACUCCUAAUGAGGCAGCGGCCUUCGAAGCUGAAUGUACGAAGACUGUGUCACAACUACUUGCCUUGUGUUUUCCACCUGUUGCCGAUGUAUGCUUUUUCCCAUUUUGCUCUCCAGCUUACCUGCUUCUGUUCCUUUCACUUCAUUUGUUUGUCCGUCUAAUCAUUUCUUUCGUUUACUUUUUUUUAGUCUACGCGUUACCAUUGCUCUGGUCGGAUUGUUUCGGUUGAUUCUUCUAUGCAGUGGUACUACUUGGGUUGUGCGCUUUGUUCCAAAGCAGCCAUAGAUUAUGAUGGUGUUGACAAAUGGUGUGAUGACCACCGUCGUUUGGUGCCUCAACAAACACAGAACUUUUACAAACUUCGGGUAACAGUUGAUGACAACACUGGAUCAGCAGCUUUUGUUCUGCUGGGUAGGGCCGCUGACCUUCUUGUGGGCUUGACUGCUAACGAUCUCUCUACUAGGUUUCCUUACCAACGCAAUGUUCUUCCACAAGAACUUCUGGCUCUUGAAGGGCGAGACUUUACUUUUGACGUCCAGCUUCCAAAACCGGAAUAUGGGGCUCGUGGCCCGCCAGAAUUCACGGUCCUUGCUGUCAAUGAGCAAGAACAGCCAAAUUCCUGCUCACCAACUCUUGGUCGCCGGGCAAGAAAUGCUAUGCCCCAUACACCACCUCCUAACAGUCCUCACUUGAUGCCUCUUACUUCUCCAUAUGUUGUUCCAACAAUGCAGAACGCUUCGGUAGAGCAUGGUUCUUCUGUUGCUUCACCAAGUGGGAGUUCUCAGCUUGCAUUUUCUACUCCUCCACGUCGCCCCUAUAGCAGUAGGCGCAUCGCUGCUGUAUCCUCGCCCUCAUCUGCUGCAUUGGGAAGUUCUGUAGCUUCUUCUCCUGAACUUGGUCGUACUGAGAUUGUUUCCUAUGCGCGCCCUAGAAGUGAGGAAGUGCCCCCAGAAACUGCAACACAGCGAUCCCCACAGGAACUUGCUUCGGACACUACAGAAGCUACUGUGCAGAACAAGAACAUUAGUUCGCAGAAAGCGAAGCCGAAGAAACCAUCUGCUAAGAAGAAGAAAACUGGAGGUGCAGGUGCUGCGCGUCGUCCUGCAGUUACUCUUGAAGAAACCGAUGUUCCGAUAUCGUCCCUUCAGAUCCCUGUUGGACAUCCUUUGCCAACCGAAUCGGCGAAUCCUGACUCUGGAAAUCUUAAUGCCCUCGGUGUCAAUUUGCAGACAACAACAAUUCAGCCUUUGUCACAGCAACCUGUGUCUAUAAAUCCUGCACCUGUACGUCGCCGUCGCUUGGUUGUUUCUUCUGAUGAAGACGAACCUGUUGUCCCUUUGGAACUGCAAGACUUGGACGUUGAACUUCCACUGCAAGAACAGGCUAUUGAAAACUCUUCGACUUCUCCUGUUCCUACCGUUGACUCUACUUUGCCUUCUCCUCUUCUUGCUGGCCAAGAAGUUCCGCUACUUCCAGUGGGGAAAACUAAUCCUGGGAGGGCAAAGCGAAUUAGGACACCGUCUGCAAAGGCCAUUGAAGCAUCUGUGGAUGCCUCCAAGAGGAAGCCAAAAACUCCCAAAUCGUCUGCUAAGGAACCUGCUAAGAAGCAACUGUUUGCUGAUUGACCGUGAUUCGCAUCAUGCGAGUGCUAAUGUAACAUGCUUGUGCAGUGCUGUCCCUCCCUUUCUUUUGUAUAACUUUUAAAGGGAAACACUCUUUAGCGAGUAGUGCACUAUGUACUUUUGCCUUUUGUGUCUACAUUUGCAGCCCUUGCCAAACUUGUGGUUUUCCAUUACUGGCACCACUUCUACCAAUCUGGUCUGCUAUGACAUUUGAC